GGAAUUUUUAUAAAGACGACAAUAGCGUGUCGCUGUUCUAGACCCAUUUCUCCCAUCGCAAUACCCAACCACCCAUCUGCACAACCUUACGCAGCUGAUCUCCGUCGCCGGCCCCUGUCACCGACGUCGGAUUCACCUCCGGCCAUCAUCUCCAACACAUGAUAUUUUGUCUUCUCCAUCUCGAAGAUACAUUGAUCAGCAAUAUAAGGAAGGAAGCCUACUUCUGGAAUAGUGACGUUCGAAAAACAUAGAGAUGACAAAGAUUGUAUAUGAGAGGAUAUGUGGCAUCUAACUCUUUCCAGAUGUAACCAAUUGAAGCUCCUGUACAUGAUAAUUUAAAUGGUUGAAAAAUUAAGGACUACCAUCACAAUAAGCUAAGUAUGCAGGUCAAGGUAUCAUGGUGAGCCGUAUGGGGGUGUAUGCUCAUUGGAUCUUGUGGCACUUUUCUUGGUUUUAGAUUUUUGUUUUUCGUCCUUGCUGUGAAAAGCUAUUAUGCAGAAGACUGCGAAUCUUUCAAAGAAUAGUUCUUUGAGACUUACACCUCAGCAAUCUCUUCGUCGGAUGGGUCUAUGUUCUCAAAUAGUAACUGGACAGCAGACAUCUCCAAUUGUCUUUCCAGAAAGACGCAGCAGAGGAAAAGCUUCAUCACGUGCUGACAUCAAUGUGAGCGAUCAUGAUCCUGCGAAAGCUAAAGGGAAGGAACAUAGGAUCGAUAUUGGAGAUGAACAGUCUGACUUAUUAGGAUACGAGGUGUUUGCUGGAAAACUGGUCUUGGAUAAGAGAAAGCCAAGUAAAAGUACUGAUGUACAAACUUCAACAGAUACUUCAACACAGGAUGCUAUUGAGGUUAAGUUGACAAGUAAGGCACUGGUUUGGGGUACUCAAAUCUUAUCUCUUGCAGAUGUGAUAUCGGUUUCAUAUUAUUCUGGUCUUAGACACUUUACAGUGCAUUCUUACCCAUGUAAAAAAGCUUCUGGCCUUUCCUGUUUUGUGAAAAGUGGGAGAAGUCGGAAGGAUUUUCGCUUCUUAGCUUCUACCUCGGAGGAAGCCCUUCAAUGGGUGGGCUCAUUUGCAGAUCAGCAGUGUUAUGUGAAUUGCUUGCCUCAUCCUCUGAAGCAGGCCUCAGACUUUGUUGUUAAUGAAUUUCCUCCAGAGUCAUAUAUAAAAUGUAAAAGUCCACCUAGAAUGCUCGUGAUCUUAAACCCUCGGUCAGGACGUGGUCGUUCAAGUAAAGUUUUCCACGGCAUGGUUGAGCCCAUAUUCAAGCUUGCUGGAUUUCAGCUGGAGGUGGUGAAAACAAAUUCUGCUGGUCAUGCAAGAAAACUUGCAGCAACUGUUGAUUUCAGCACUUGCCCUGAUGGUAUCAUAUGCGUCGGGGGUGAUGGAAUAGUGAAUGAGGUUUUAAAUGGUUUACUUAGUCGAGACAACCAAAAAGAAGCAAUUUCUAUCCCCAUUGGUAUUAUACCUGCUGGUUCUGAUAAUUCUUUGGUGUGGACUGUCCUUGGAGUUAGAGAUCCAGUGUCUGCUGCUAUAGCUAUUGUAAAGGGAGGGCUUACUGCUACUGAUGUAUUUGCUGUUGAGUGGAUUCAAGGUGGUGGCAUUCACUUUGGGACAACUGUGGCAUACUUUGGUUUUGUUAGUGACGAAUUCAGCCUUGAUAAAGUUAUUGAAUGGUGGAUAUUCUGCUUGUUUGAAAAUACAGUGUACUGGAUUGAGAACAUAUCAUUUUAUCUCACCCUACUUGGGGCCCAGUUGAUGUCUCACCAGCUUAUACUUAUUGACUGCUUGUUUGGCUGCCAACAGAAAGCUUUUAUUGACAGGAGUGCAAGUUUGGCUUUCAUACUAUUCGAAAUUGCCUCAUGUUUCGUUGAUUAA